GCAUAGGGUGCUAGGCUACACCACAGUGUUAAGCUUCUAAUUCAAACGCACAGCGAGGGCAGCGAAGACGAAGGAGGAGUUGAACACAAGCUCCGAGCAAAAACUUCCCUUGUCAAUGUCUAUGUGGGCCUCGCGGUGUGCAGGACGUCUGGGACAGAAACACUUCGGAUUGUAAAAAUAAACUAAAGUUUAUGACUAACUAAAGAGAGGAGCAUGUACAUUCAAACACGGAGACAUUCGUUUGAGCUGUUAUUCAAGUGUGUAACGGUUAGUUAAAAUAAUGGAAAUUGGGGAAGUAUGGUUUUGCGUGUUAUUGAACGACUUGGAGAGCGCGCACCUACGGAAAGGGUAACGACAUGAAAACGGAUUGGGAGAGGAGGACACUGGUGAAGAAGUGACUAUUUAAUUCCACAAAGAAAUUGUGAGAGAAUUGUGACAGGUAUGAAUAACGGCACGAUAAAAGAUGGGCCCCGAGAGCCUACUAUUCCGGUGAUUAUGUUUAUUUUAGGAGUGGUGGGGAAUGUAAUCGCCAUCGUGGUGCUCCGAAAGUCUCGGAAAGAACAGAAGGAGACCACCUUCUACACGCUGGUGUGCGGGCUUGCAGUGACCGACCUUUUGGGCACGCUGCUGGCCAGCCCCGUCACCAUCGCCACCCGUGUGCAAGGGAAGUGGCCGGGAGGAGAGUCACUGUGUCAGUACUCCGGCUUCAUCCUUCUCUUCUUCUUUCUGGUCGGCCUCAGCAUUAUCUGUGCCAUGUCCAUAGAGAGAUACUUGGCCAUAAAUCAUGCAUAUUUCUACAACCAUUACGUGGACCAAAGACUUGCUGCGUUGACGCUUGCGGGAAUCUACAUCUCCAACGUGCUGUUCUGCGCGCUGCCUGCCAUGGGACUCGGUAAGGUGAAAAAGCAGUUCCCAGAGACCUGGUGCUUCAUCGACUGGCGGACUAACGACUCCACGCACGCCGCCUUCUCCUAUAUGUAUGCCGGGGUGAGCUCUUUCCUCAUCCUCACCACGGUCAUAUGCAACGUGCUGGUGUGCGGAGCGCUGAUUAUGAUGCACAAGCGGUUCAUCCGCAGGACAUCGCUGGGUACGGAACAGGGAGGUCGCAUAGCUGUCCUCAGGCGCAGACGGAGCUUCCAACGCAUGGCCGGCGCAGAGAUCCAGAUGGUCAUUCUGCUCAUCGCUACCUCUGUGGUGGUUCUCAUCUGCUCCAUACCUUUAGUGCUGCGGGUGUUUGUGAACCAGCUGUCUAUGGUUGCGUUCGAUGCCCAUUCAACUCCCCUGGAGAAGAACCCAGAUCUCCACGCCAUCCGCAUUGCCUCCAUCAACCCUAUCCUGGAUCCCUGGAUCUACAUCCUGCUGAGGAAGACUGUCCUGCUGAAGCUGGUGGAGAAGAUCAAGUGUCUGUUCUGCCGUAUGGGCUGCCGGGGGCGGGGCUCAGGGGUCAGGGGUCAAUUUCGCUGCGGAGGUGAAGGUCAUCCGAAUUCGUCCAUCGUAUCCCGGGAUUCGCCGUCGCUUGUGUCCCGCGAGCUGAGGGAGGUCAUCAGUACUUCACAGACGUUUCUUUAUUUGCCGGAGGGGACCGGGGGGGGAUCUAGAGGGACAGGGACAGAGGUAGAGGGAAGACCCAGCCCCCCGGCUGUGGAGUGCUCCCUGCUACAGGACCAACAGACACCAGGGGGAAAGGGGAUGCAAAAUGAUUCCAAAAAGGGCACUUUAGGCCCCAGUAUAUCAAUGAGGACAGAUGGGACAGUUGAUCCUUCACCUCUGAACAGGGUGCCAUCGGUCAGAAAAGACAAGACUCUACAUGUGACGUUUACAGACGAGACACUGAACUUACAGGAGAAAUGCAUCUGACGGACACAAACACAAACUUAGCUAGAGUGGCGGAUAACACAGAAAAGUCACAGAGGGGAAAAAGGACAUCUAACAGCCUUAAAGGUUGGGACUUCUGAAGGGUUAAACUCAUAAGGAAAAUGUUUCCCUGUGUCAUGUUUGUACUAUUAUAAAAACAACCACAUGAAGCAAAUAAGCUCCUAGCUGAAGCAUGAUGUCCUGUUUAGGGUUCGGUCAAAAUAUCACAUGGUGCCAAUGUGGAUUGUAUGAGAUUGGAUCUAUUUACAUAGAUCAUAUAUUGGAUCUAUUAUAUAUGUCACAUUCUUAUUACAAGAAUACCAAUAUAAUAUACAUAUACCAGCACACACAUCAGUAAUGAACAUAAAAUGUAAUUUCACCUUUAUAAAGACAAUAAGGAGAUUUCAUUGAACUUUUCAAAAACUCAAACCCACUGAAAGGCACUAAAUGCUGCCAUGCUAUCAUAGUGCUAUCUGAGAUCCUUGGGACGUCCCCACCCCCUAAACCCUAACUAAACCAGAACAUUUACCCAAUCAUGACCGUAACAUUUUAAACAUUGUAAACAACAAAAGGGUAGGGACAUCCCAACAAUCCCAGAUAGCGAGGACCACUACUUACCACUGGCCUCCACCAAUACAAUUGUUGUGAUACACUGUAUAAUCCUGAGGCUACAAUGUGAAUUGUGUCCCAUAACAUCAAUUUAUUUCAGAAAGAAAAAAUACAUGUUUCUUCUCUGUGAGAAGGUCUAGCUAGUUUGUAUCCAUGUCAAAUUGCUACAAAAUGGAUUGAAAUUGUAUGUUAUAUUUCAACAUUUGCAAACAAUUGUAUCAUAUUGGUUGACUUGGCAGUUUCAAAACAAUGCCUGAAGUAUAAAAAUACAGCAAAACUAUUGAGCAUAUAAUCCCAUGCAAAAGACUCAAAACAACAAAAACAAACAAAAGACCCAUUUCAGUCCAUAAGAUCCAUUCUAGUCCAUAAGAUCCAUUCUAGUCCAUAAGAUCCAUUCUAGCCCAUAAAUCCUUAGAGACAGAUCAUAGUCCCCAUGCUUUGACCAACUGAUCCUGUGAUGAAGAGGGUGUGUCCCCUGACCCCGCCUCCACAGUUACCUCCCUAGAAUUCCCCUCAGCGUCGACAACCACGACUGUCCUCUUCAGUUCCUCAUAGCGUCUCUGUCUCUCGGCUACGGCAGCGCAGGCCACCACCUCGUUUGACUCAAAGUUGUUGUCCUGCUGGAGCUCUGGAGGGUUCAGGACAUCCCGUUGGGCCUCCUCCUCCCGCUGGGUCUGGUUCUGGGCCGUCAGUCUCUGCUGCAGCAGCUGCCGCGCCCACACCAGGUCCUCCGACCGGAGGGGGCGCUCUGACGGACACAGGUGGACCGCUACCUGGAAGGACCUCACCGCCUGUUGACAAGACGAAGACCUUUGUGCUAUUUUCCUUUCUGUUAACAUCUUUUUAUUGAUUUAAGAUUAACACAAAUGACUGGUAAUGAAGGACAAUAAUUGUUGUGGGGAAGAUGAAGUAUAAAAAUCCAGCAAGACUAUUGAGCAUAUAAUUCCAUGCAUUUCACUCUGUUACUUGUACUGAGCUUGUACAGAUAGGAUUCAUUUGACCUGUAUUGUCGCAGCAAAAUAAUCCUGCAGCAACAGGACUUGGACGUUUAGUCCAUAAUGUUGCCUAAUCGAUGGUUAGUUGGUCAAAAUGAGGCUACAUGAAAAGUGGAAUAUUAUUAAUAUAACCAUGUGUUAGUGUGCGUGUUCAGUGAAUUGACGUAAAUCACAAAGAUUCUAUUUCCUGCGGUGCAAAAGAGUGAUCAAAUUAAGAUCCUACAGCUUGUAUGGUUGAAAUAACAAAGGGGAUUUACAUUGCUAUUGUCUUUUGUUCAAAUGACACUUUAUAGGUGCAUGGCAUUACUUUCCCCCAAUUAAAUGAUAUCAGUGAACUGAAA